CCGUCAAAUCUAGCGAACGACAGUUGUAAUUUAUCAUCAAAGCCGGGAAACAGACACCGAAAGGCGGGUAGAAGAAACAGUAACUUUUUAGGUGGGGUUUUGGACAGAAUCGCCUGCUGACUGAUGUGUCCAGCAGUCCGGAAGACAAGGCGGACUCAUGUCUCUGAAUAAAGCUGCUGGAGGAAGGGAGAAUUUCUUACAGCCUUGGGGGUUGGCAUAGCGAUGGGGAGUCGCUUUCAAAGUGAGGUGGGCCCGCCAACCACCGUCUCAUCGCAGCCUGCCCUCUGUGGGCAGGACAACAGGAGAGAGAUAUCAAAUGCCUGGAAUUGUCUGAAUCAGACCAAGGCUGCCUUACGGCACAUUGAGAAUCGUCUGGAGGCUGCACCAGGCAGUGGAGUGCUUCUGGAUGUGGUGCUCGACACAAAGAAAGCAACUGUUAGCGGCAGUCGGAAAAUAAGCCGCAGAGAUGGGCAUCGUGUGGAGGAAUGUGGGUCCAAGUCCAGAACACCGAGUCGGCGUAGUCCAGACCAAAGUUCACGCAGUCCGCUGAGGAACAGCACUAUGGACAACAAUGCCAGGAAGCCCAGUGCCGUAGAAUUCAGAGAACCACUUGCUUCAUACAGAGAACCAUCUCCGCUGCCAAUGUCCCAGAUACACUCUGAACCUGACCCCCAGCUACCAGUGGAGGUCGGGGUCUCUCAGUCGGACUCUGCCCUGAGCCGACUGGUCUAUCAGCGUGAUACCCGUGACAUGCAGACGACAGAACUGGACAGCACACACUCCUCAGCUGUUGACAACACAUCUGUUCGCUACCUCAAUGAUUGUUCUGCUCUCAACGCAAUUCACCAGCCUGACCAAGCCACAGCGGGAUCAGAGGUCAAGCUGAGAACACACUUGCAAGCUGAGACAUCUCAGAGUUCCCUGACGUCCAGCCCGGGUUCAGUCGCGGCUUCACAGCGGCUAGAGAACCUACGACGACGGCAACCAGACGAUAAACUGGAAAAGCUGAAAGAGCGAAUCCGCAGACAGAGGGAACAUCUGGAGGAGACAGCGGAGAGAAACAAUCUUCUGGGAUACCUGGAGCAGCCUGUGGGAAUUGGGGCGGCAGGACACAGUACCACUGCACCCACUGCUAAAGUUCGGAAAGUGGCCCUGGCCCCUCCGGGACCCAUUUAUAAAGGCUUCAACACAAGUGAGACUAAAAUUCGCACACCUGAUGGGAAAGUGUGGGCCCAAGAGGACUUCCAGAACUUAAGCAGGGAAAUAUACAAAGACUUGAAACAACAACUCACAGCAGAGAGUGCAAAACCAAAAAAGAGGCCUGCAGAACGAGAGAGGGUGAAGGAGAAGAAACCAUCCAAGCCUGUGAGAAAAGUGCACAGAUCUUCCUCCGCACCAGACUCCAAUGCUAAACCAGCAAUCAGCACGUCAUCAUGGCGAGAUAGUCAGAAGCUGGUGAAGAUGAUGCUGGGUCCGGCACCACGGUUACACAAAGAGCCACGGGCACAGUCCACAGAGAGACAGACGAGAAAAGCAGGCCCUGUCCCUCGCUCCAUCUCCGAUACCCGUCUGGAGCGGACAUGCCGUUCACGACCCAACAGUACAGAACGAUCUUGCAAUCACAUGCUUCCUGAGGAUCCAGCUGGACCCUUCAGAUCAGCAGUUGGAAAUAGAGGAAAGUCUUCCAACACAGACCUACUUUCAGUUGACAUCCGUGGAAUAUUAGAUGACCUGCAGUUGGAGGAGGGCAGCAGGAGGGAACCGGUUCCCAGCACCAGAGUCCGUGCCUCAGCCCGAGCUUCCCGCAGUGCCAGUCCUGCCAAAACUACCAAGAUGGUAGAGCCCCCAAAGCAGCCUGUGCCAAAGAAACGUCACUAUGACGCAGAGGCGGUGCGGAUGUACAUCACUUUAAAGCAGGAAGAGCGUAAGAAACGGCAAGCAGAGGAAAGGAAGUCUCAGAGAGAGGAGGAAGAGAAGAAGAAUAAACGCCUGCAGGAGCUCUACAGAAGACAGCGAUCAGGGACCACAAAGGCCCCGGUGGCACCUGAAGGGCCAAUAAAGAAGCGGCUGCAGGAAACAUACACCAAACUACUUUUGGAACAGACACAGUAUGGAGGAGAGUUCAGCACUGCUGCUGGAACAAACAUCAGCCAGCAGCCGAGACCAGUAUACCAACCAUCUGGAGAGUCAGAUAAAGAAAAUAAAAGACAUGAUCGACCUCAGAGUGCCACCUCUAGCAGUGAUCUCUCGCUUACGGGGCAAUGCCAGCCACCUUUCUCCAGGAAUGAGUUGGGAUUUGCAGGUUCGCCCUGGCUCCAGUCUGAUCAACGUAGCCCUGCUCUAAUCAGAGGCAUCAACUCGCUAGCACCCCCCUCUGGCCACAUCUUUUCUCAGCUCUUAGAACUUGAUCCAGAACUGUCCGGACCUGAAAGAGAAUCCAGAACUGCAUCUGUUGCACCUUCAGUCGUAUCUCGCAAAAUGAGCCGCAUUGAGGCUCUGAGGGCCACCGCUGCCUCUCUUUCUAACCGCAUAGAGAGCGAGGCACGCAAGCUAACAGGUGUCGGAAUUAACUACGGUUGUGCCAGGGACACAGGCACGGGUCUUUCGAUCCCUAACGAUAACUGCUGGGCUAAGCCUGUCAGUCCGCCAGUCAGAGAAAAUCAGACCGAUUCUGAUGACCUGGUUGAGAGGCUUCAGAGGCUCCUUGCUGCAGGUCAAAGCACCUAUGAUGACACCCUACCAGGUGUUGGCAACCUGCACAGCUUUAGGAAAAGAACUGAGGGUGUAUACAAUCCCUAUUCAGCACCUGCUGUGUCCGGCCUCACUUCUAGUAACAUACACAAGGCCAAAUCUCCUCCAAAGCCUCUAGUCAAGGAAGUUGUGCUUGACUCAAGUGGAGGUUCCAUCAGUGAGGGUCCUCUGUUGAGUGAGGGCAGUAUUUCUGAUGACGAAGAUCUCCAAGAGCUGCCAAAAUCCAGUUGCAGAUACAGUGCAGCCCAGUAUGGAGACAGUUUGAACCCAAUUUCACGCUUCCAGAAAGAGGCAGAGAAGCACUUGCCCUUUAGUCCAUCAAGUCUGCUACGAGAGAGCAACGGACCAUGGGAAGAAUUGGCCAAGGGAAGCCCACACAGUGUAAUCAAUAUAUUCACCAAGAACAUGCAGAAUUAUGGCAAAGCUCUUGAAGAGAGGGGAGGUAAGAGUUCCCCAGCUCUCCACUCUAUUCUGUCUGCUGGCAGCUCAUUGGAUGGAAUGGUCUAUGAGGAUGACUUCAUUUCCUCUCGUGGCAGUAGCCAAUCAGCAUCCAAGAGAAGUUCUAAUGGCCUCAGUAACGGACACGGUGGGUUCAGUCCCUAUGAUGUGAUGCUGAGUGGCAGAUCAACACGUGAUAAUAGAGAUGGAGAGGGAUCUCACCGUUCCUCUCCACACUCGGUCAGCUCAGGCAGCAAGAGAGCCUUAGAGAAAAGCCUGUUGGAGGGGCAGAGAAACACGUCCUCUGUAGACUCGGAUCUCCCUGCUGAGGGUUUUAAGAAGAGCUUUUCGGAGAAAGCAUCCAGUCGCAGCUCUCACAGGAACGUUGACACAGAUGGCACACUGGGUGGAGCCUCAGCCCACUCCAUCCACAGUCUUGGCUCAGAAGGAAAGAAAUCUCCCCGAAGCCCUGGUACAACUCCUGCUGCUGGUUCUCCAGCUGGAUCUGGUUCUUCUCGGCUAUAUCCAGGUGAUGGGAUCCCAGUCAGAGGGUCUGUCCACGGCUCAAGCCCUCCUCACACUGCCCUGCCCAGCUCCUCCUCAUCCUCCUCUUCAGCUGCCAGGGCUAAAUCCAACUCCUCGCCCUAUAAUCAGAGCCCCCGAGCAGAACACAAGACUGCUGAGCUUCAGUUUGCACCUGGAGUCCUGCAGCAGCGUCUGUCUGCAGAGCUCAAUUACCUGGAUGCAGUGGAGGAGUCUGUUCGUCAGAUCAGUGAUGUGGAGAGAGUAAGAGGCGUGUCUCUCGCUCAGCAAGAAACAGUCUCGCUCGCUCAGAUUCUGAAGUCCCAACAGCAGAGGCAUGAGCGUGACCUGUACCUGCUUAGAAUGAAGGCGGAGCAGGAAGCCCUGGAAACACAACGGGAGCUGGAAGAGAGCAGGCAGAGAGCCGCACGGGCCCAUGCAGAUCUGCAGGAAAGUGUGCUCCAGUCUCAGCAUCAGGCGUUAGGUUUGCAUGAGGCCACAAACAAGAUGAUCAACCAGCAGGCUGAGGCUGCUCGCCACACAGCUGAAACAGCACGACACAUUAAAGAAAUGACUGAACUGGCUCGUUCACAGAUUGCUAUGAGUGUUGCUGGCCCGUCUAACACGCCUUUGUAUGACCAGCAGAAACAGCACAACCAAAACUUGAAACAGCACCAGCCACAACAACACAUGAACGGUAGCUGGAAGAGUGAGCUGUCUCCAGAGAGAGCCCAGUCAGAGGUCGAGACACCACCAGGCAGCCUCUCAGACUCCAUCCCUUCCAGGAGACCAACCAUCAGUGGUGGCGGCAGCAGUAUUACCCAGCUUAGUCCAUCUCUUUCUGAUCAGAAGGAGAAGAGGUCAGCAGAGAAAGACAGGAGUAGUUGUUCAGUGGAGGACCAUGCUCAUACUGCUGUUGAUGACUCCCUUCGCUCAGACAGUGUGCGCAGCCUGCUUGAAGAGAAAGCAGACAGUGCCUCUAUUGCCACGGAGUACUCUGUGAAGUUUGAUGACUCUAUGACGGAGGAUGACAUUGAGGAAAAAUCAUUCCGCUCUCUAUUACCUUCUGAGGCUCAUCGUCGCGAAUCGCUGGACCGGAAACCCAGCUCACACCCAGAAUCUGACGACGACCGCAGCAAUGACAGAUCCAGCCCCAGAGAAAGCUCAAAGGAUUGUAGCAUGCCCUUCUCCAGCGGCCAGGACAGCUUCUCUGUGUUCACCAUGGACCUGGUACGUCAUUAUAUGAAGGAAGAGGAGGUUCGAGCGCAGCAUCAGAGUUCUUUACUGCGUUUGCGUCAGAAAGCCCUCAGAGAGAAGACCAAAGCUGAGCUGGCCUGGCUGGAACACCAGAAGAGGCAUCUUCGAGAUAAAGGAGAGGACGAUAAGAUGCCACCCCUCCGUAAGAAACAAAGAGGACUGAUAUUGAAACUACAGCAGGAGCAGGCAGAGAUCAAGCGACUGCAGGAGGCCAAUAAAGCAGCAAGGAGGGAGAGACAGCUGCUUCUCAAACAGCAGGAGGAGAUAGAGAGAAUGAGACAGACAACCCUUAAACUCAAAGAGCGGCUCAAGAGUGCAGGGGACACGAGCCUGGAGUCACCAGAGGCAGGUGUGCCAGAGGAGUCUACUCCACCCAGUGUGAUAGUGACAGAGAUGCGUAGCCUCUCCCCUAUGUCUGUUUCUGGCAGUGAAACCAGCAGUAUCAUGCAGAAACUAAAGAAAAUGCGCUCUCACAUGGAUGAAAAACACCGUUCACCUGUCCAUUACUUCUUUUCUGUCUUUACCACUCAUCACUGGGCCUCUCUGUCUGUCUGUCUCCCAAAACUCCACCCCAAAUUCCAGCAUUUUAUCUACAGCCAGUUGGUCAGGUUUCUCACUAAGAAAGAACAGCAGUUGAUGCAGAGACGCAGACAUGCGGAGGAACUUCUGGAGUGGAGGCAGCGGUUGGAUGUUGAGGAGGCUGAUGUGCGGCACAUGGAGAAGCGGGCACUAGCAGCCUGGGAAAAGCAACAGCAGCCACACAGCAGAACACCACCACAAUGCAGUAACACCAGUGGCAGACCAGAGUGUCCCACCGGACUAGAAACAGGCAGUGAGGAAGACUUUCCAGCUCUAUCUGUGUCCAGUGUGCACACAGAUGCUUCUGUUCCAGAGCAGCUGGCUAGCCCUUCCUCAGACCAUCCCCUUUCUGAGCCCUUCUCACCUCAACCGGCUAGCAGCCCUGUCCCUGAUGCCCUCUACUCACCUGAGCUCCACUCCAUAAACAACAAAAGGUCUCCUCCAGGGAAAGCCAGCCUUAGCUCUCUUCAACAUUCAGACAAUAGCCGGGCUGGUACGGUCACCAGCGGAAGCAGCAGGAUGCAAGUGCACUCUGGCUCCAAGACCAGUGAGCCCCACACCAAUGACCCCCAAUCAGCCACUCCAUCUGAGACCACAUCAGAUCAAAGUGAUAUUGAGAGCCGUAUUCGUGCCCUCAAGGAUGAGCUCCGUAAGCGCAAAUCAGUGGUGUACCAGCUGAAGAAAGAGCAGAAGAAGAGACAAAAAGAACGGCUGAAAGCUCAAGAGGCGAGUCUGCUGAAACAGCUCGAGUCCUAUAACGACUUUAUUCAGAAGACAAAGGCUGAGUUGAGUAAAGAGCCUGACAGCACUCCAACUACUAAACCUCAGAUUAAAACUCCCACGUCAGCCACUGAAAAGCCUUGGAUAAAACCCCCUCCACUUCAGAGGCCUGAGAGCAGCAAGAACUGGAUGAUCAUCACAGAGUCUGAGAAAUCAGAGAAGGUGCCCACAGAGACGUCCGUUGAGAAAGAUGAUGAGGCGCAACCAGAAUCUCGUAAAUAUUCAUCAGAACAUGAGGGAAUUUCCUCAGAUGAAGAUCCUCCUACAGUCACCCCAACCCCAAUAAUGGGAAGCCCAGAACAUAUGGACAACUUGGUGAGCUUGCAUAGUCCAGAAUACCCUAGCCACCAUUCAGAGGAUAUCCCCUCGCUCAAGGAGCAUUCUGCCAGGCCACAGGCCAAUGACCUUCUUUCAGAAGAUGAGAGCAUUGUCUCUAACCAGAGGUCAGAUAUUAUGGAGGAACAGGAAUAUGCAGAGUCAGAGGGCUCUGAAAAUGGCGACUCUGGUCCUCUUCUAAAACUGGAUCUUGGACUUCAGACGCCAUCUCUGAAAAAUAAUGACUCCAAACAGGAAGAAGAAAUGUUGUCGUGGAAGGAUAGUCAGGAUGCUGAUGAAAAGCCAGCCUUUGGAGACACUGCAGAAGCUGCGGAGACACUAAAAUUUAGAAUGGCCUCAAAUGAAUCUCCUGUGGAGAAAUCUAAAUAUAUAGACAACCUGGUAGAUGAAAAGAGUCCUUCAGUCAUGGAUCAUUCUUACACUGACUUCUCAUUGUCUGAGAGGGAGGAUUCACCAAAGAUCAAAGAGAUGCUGUCACCCUCAGGUGAUGGCUAUAAUGAUGGGUCUUUUUUUGGGUCAUCAUUCAUGGAGGAUAACCAUGAAUUAAAACCUACAACAUCUUCUGCCCCAGAGCCCAAGGAAAAAUCUUAUAAGUCACCUAUAUACAGUAGUAAAGAAGAAAUUGAAGAAGAACUAAGUGUCCAAUCAGAAAGUACCAAUGGCAGCUUCCAAGUUGAUAGCCUUGGGAAACACUCCAAAGAAGACAUUGCUAACACUUCAAAAUCUCCAACUUCUCCACAGCUUCAAACUCCAACCUUGCCAAUAAUGGAUGAAUUGCCAAACUUCUGCAUUGGAGAUAGGGUUUUGGUGAGUAACAUACAACCAGGGACCCUGAGAUUCAAAGGACCGACCAAAUUUGCCAAUGGAUUCUGGGCUGGAGUGGAACUGGACAACUCUGAGGGAAGUAACAAUGGAACCUAUGAUGCUGUGUCGUACUUCGAGUGUAGGGACAACCAUGGUAUAUUCGCCCCACCGGACAAGAUCUCUCGUCUUCCAGAAAAGUUUGAUGCUAGUGCAGACACGGAAGAUGAAGAUUCAUCACUUGAUGACCAGCCAAACAAGAAACUCAAAGAGUCCAGCUUGGAGAAGCAAUUAGAGCACAGAAAUUUGUUAAAUAAAGGGAAAGGAGAAAAAUCUGACCUAGAUUGGCAUUCUGAGGACAGAGGGCCUUCUGAUGAACAUGACAAACCAUUUGAAUUCAACAUCAAACAGCUUUCGUUUGGGAAAAGUACCUUUAAUAAAUCACUGCAUAACCUAAAUUUUAACGAUAUUGACUGCAAUACCAUUAAGAACUGUGACAAAGGUUCACACGUGGUGCCUAACGGUGGAGGCAGGGACAUCAUUCUCGGAUAUGAGGACACAUCCAUUGAUGAUGUUAUUCCAUUGCUAAAUAAUUUGGAUAAGGGGAUAUCUAAAAGACAAAAGCAGCAAGAGGAACCUACAGCAGUCAUUUUGGACCUGUUGGUUGAAGGUGAGAAAUCCAAAGUUGAUGGCCUUCAGAAAUCCACAGACAUCUCCAUCGAGGAGGCCAGCUUAGAUAAUAGACUUGAGGACUUGAAUAACAAAAGAGCUUUGACUACCCUUGCAGAUAAGAUUGUCGACAACUUUUUAAGUGAUGCUGUGAAGCAAUUCCAGAAGAUCAAGAAAGACAAAGAGGAAAAGUUAUCAGUUGUUAAUCAUCUGAAAAGAGACUUCGUCAACGAAGAUGAUGGACUUAGAAGCAAUAACAUAAAGUCUCAGAGCAGGUCUGCAUCCAAUACAAGGACAGACAGUUUCUGCACCUUCUUUGAUGAUGACCAGGAAGAACUUUCAUCUCCAGAGCAUUGCAACAGGCCAGAGAGCCCUGUCUUGGGAACAAGUGGACAGGAAGAGCUAGCCAAACGUCUGGCUGAGCUGGAGCUGAGCCGUGAGCUCUUCGAUGUCCUUGGGGAGGAGCAGGACUGGUUUGAUGAAGACUAUGGUCUCAGUUCACGAAAACUACAGCAGAAGCAAAAUCUCCAGCAGCAAGAGGGGAUUUCUAGCUCUUUGAGUCUGGGUCCAGGGGAACAAGGCAAAACACCCCCCAGGCCUGAGCUUCCCUUGCAAAUGAAGCAACCAGAGGAGCCUGUCAUGAUUGUUCCUCACAAUGUCCGGGAGGUGGAGAAAUUAGUCAGGGCUGCUACACAGGAGAUCUGGAAAAGUUGCAAGUUGGGUAAUGGUAGAUCAAGUCUGGUUGGUGUACCCAAACCUCAACCGUCUAAUGAUUUCCUGGGUGAAGACACCAAUGCCAAUGACCAGGAGGCCCAGUGCAAACAAAGUUACAAACAGGCCGUCUUUGACUUAUCAUGGGAAGUCAUUCAAGACAUCUAUGCAGAAGUUCCAAAAGUUGAUCAACCACAAUGGAUGAAGCCACGUCGCCUUAAUUCAAACUUCUUCCAUCGGGUCAAAUGCCCUAAUGACAUCACAACAGUCCAGGAAUUUGUCACCACUGAGGUAUUAAAGCUUUGUGGUCUAAAGAAAGAGCAGAAUCAAAAAACAGACUGGCAGAAGAUGAUCAAAUUUGGCCGAAAAAAACGAGACCGAGUUGACCACAUUCUAGUCCAGGAGUUGCAUGAGGAGGAAUCCCAGUGGGUGAACUAUGACGAGGAUGAACUUUUUGUAAAGAUGCAGCUAGCUGAUGGGAUUUUUGAUGCUUUGCUAAAAGACACAGCGGAAGUUCUGACCCAAAUCCAAGAGAAAAGAUCCAAGAGAACUCUCUGAUGAUACUUUUAUUUGUACAGAGAAACACUUUUAGGUACCUUCUAUUAUACAUGGAAGUCUAUGUAUAAUAGAUAUUCUUGCAUAAAGACAUCUGGUGGGGAAUUCUUUUUCAGUCUACUUUAACAGUCCACAACCAGACAUUUUGGGGAUUGAAUAUCCAUAGCAUGGAUAGUCCAUAGCAUCUUGUCAGCAGUCUAAUCUUCCUUAGGUCUGAAUUCUUGUAAGUGUCAUCAGGGAAGUGGGAUAAAUUUAGCUAUUGGUGGUCCUGUGUUAAUUGUAGCAGCUGCUUGGGUCUAAAUUCCCCAUACUGGGUCUGUUCAUCAUUGCUGCUAAAACUGGCUUUGCCAUCUCAAGUCUUAAUCGAAUACAUAUUUAGAAGGGUCAGAUCAAAUUAGGACAGACCUGAAGACUUGGACUUUUUUAACCAAUUAGUCUGCAAAAAUACUUUUCCUUUAAUUCUAUUAUUUAAUUUUUUAAAGUAACAUUUGAAUUUGAAAGUAAUGUUGAAAGUGUGUACAAAAAAACGAGAGAAUAUUUUAUAAUUUACAGAAUGAAUUGCAAAACUAAGCACAAUAAUUAAAAUGUUAUGUCUAAAUGGCAAUACAAUGUAAAGGGAUUUGAUGCAUGGUAAUAAUGAGUGCAAAAAAAAAAGUAAAUUAUAUUUAACUGUCUGCUUUUUGAAAGCAACAUGGAAAGCCUAUCCUUGUAAUGGUUUUUUUCUUUGCUCCUUCAUACAAUGUUGUAUUGGCAACAGAUGCAUCAGAUACUGAAUUCCAUAAGGUUGACAUUUAGAUAGAAAUGUUAUCCUAGCUGUGCUAAACACGGUAAUGCUGGAUUCUAGCCUUAACAUUUGCCUUUCAUAUUAAUUUUAAGUGCCUCCAUGGUCAUUUGUUUGCUCAUGCAAGAGUGACAUUUCCCAGCCUUCCUUUGACAUGUGUAUCGUAGGUCAUUUUGGCUUUAAUGUAACUCAUGUAACCAUGUAACCAUCUUUCUUGAUAGCCGGACAAACCUCUUAAUGCUGUAAGAUGUGCAUUUCUUCCUUGGUAUGUGUGCACCCAUCAUCAGAACCCUUUUAAAAGUUAAAAUGUUGUGUUUUUAAGAAGCAAAUGCAUAAAGGAAAGAUGGACAGUAAUACACCAUCACUGGCACAAGGGCAGAUUUGUUUACUUUUAGAAAAGGAAGUGUUUUACUCAUUGUGUCUGCUUAAGAGAAUCUGCUGAAGGGCUCACCACAUCCAUCCUGUCUUCAUAACUAAAUCCUGUUUUCCAAGAAUACUGUGAUGUACAUAUUUGUUUGUAAAUCAGUAUCCUUAACAAUCCUGGUUGCAGAAGAAACUUGUGAUCAUAGUGUCUUAGAUUUUUAACUAGCUGUAAACAGCCCUUCCUCAAAGCUGUUCUUCCUGAGCCAGUCUGUCCGAUAGUGAUCUACAGCAUCAUUGUGAGGUUAGAGUUAGAACAUUUUAUGGUGUCAGUGAGUGUCAUGUAAGUUAAUCUAUGCAGCAACAGUCUCUGAUACACAGAAUCUGUCACUCAUCCAAUAACAAUCCAGUGAACAGAGGUAGUUAUAUAGGUAACUGAGAUCUCUACCUCAUUCAGAGAAUAGGCUACAACUAAUAAUCAAUGUCUUUUUGGCUAACAAACUUUUAACUUUGUGGACAGUUAAGAUUCUGCCGGGGGGUGUUUGAUAAUGGUUUGAUAAUCAGUUUCUACUCUUAAAUUGGUAGGUUAUAGAAAUUUUUUGCAUCCUUUAAGUGUAUGUAUAAGUAAAUGUAUAUUUAUAAUGAUGUACUGUGAGUGACAGAGGUGCACUUGAAGACUUGUAAAUGGUUUUAUCCGUGUAAAUAGAGUCAUGGCUUGUCUCCUGCGAGUGGACUCAUGGAAGAUUGCUGUAAAAAUGGACAUGGUUCCUUUUGCUUCCAUGUACAUAUUAUAGAUAUAUUUGUUAACUAAGCUGAUCCUUUGGGAAUUGUAAAUAAAUAUCUCAUUUGUCAGUCAACCAUUGUUGUGACUUUCUGUUUUUAUGUUAUGUGUCAUAUUUACCAGCUAAGGUUGUUUUGUGACAUUUAUUGAUCUUAUGGUUUGUCAACACUGAAUGUUCAUAUAAAAUGUGGGAUUUACCCUCCAGAAUGUUCUGAGGUGACCUCUCCAUAUCAACACUGAAUUAAAG